AUGAGUACCGCCAGUACCCAGAACCCAGUGAUACUGGGCCUGUCCAACCAGAAUGGCCAGCUCCGAGGACCGGUGGUGAAGCCUGCAGGAGGGGGUCAUCAGACACAGCAACCCGGCCAGAUGAAGCAGGCCUCCAGCACAAUCAACAACGGCACUGGGCCUAGCAGCACCCAGCUGGCUAAAGUUACCCCCACAGCCAACACUGUCAUCAAGUGAGUCCUAGUUCAUUUACAGCGACCCAGUGGCUCUCAAGCAUUCUCUUUUGGGAGUGUACUCAUAACUCAACUCAUCUUUUUCCACAGGGCUGGAGAUGACUGGAAGAAGAAUUUGACGCUCCCUCCAAAAGACAUGAGGAUGAGAACUUCGGUAAGGACAUGUUCCCCUUUGAAUCAGAUGUAGGUUCAACUGUUGUAGGUACUGAUGUGAUCUAGUGUAAAUGGCGUCAGUGUGCUAGCUUAGCAUUUUGCGCUGCCUCCCUGAACCUGCCUCUGACAGGGUCUUAUCUCUGCUACACUAGGGCAGUAGUAGUCAGGGUCUUAUCUCUGCUAUACUAGGGCAGUAGUAGUCAGGGUCUUAUCUCUGCUACACUAGGGCAGUAGUAGUCAGGGUCUUAUCUCUGCUACACUAGGGCAGUAGUAGUCAGGGUCUUAUCUCUGCUACACUAGGGCAGUAGUAGUCAGGGUCUUAUCUCUGCUACACUAGGGCGGUAGUAAUCAGGGUCUUAUCUCUGCUACACUAGGGCAGUAGUAGUCAGGGUCUUAUCUCUGCUACACUAGGGCAGUAGUAGUCAGGGUCUUAUCUCUGCUACACUAGGGCGGUAGUAGUCAGGGUCUUAUCUCUGCUACACUAGGGCGGUAGUAGUCAGGGUCUUAUCUCUGCUACACUAGGGCGGUAGUAGUCAGGGCCUUAUCUCUGCUAUACUAGGGCGGUAGUAGUCAGGGUCUUAUCUCUGCUACACUAGGGCAGUAGUAGUCAGGGUAUUAUCUCUGCUACACUAGGGCGGUAGUAGUCAGGGUCUUAUCUCUGCUAUACUAGGGCGGUAGUAGUCAGGGUCUUAUCUCUGCUACACUAGGGCAGUAGUAGUCAGGGUAUUAUCUCUGCUACACUAGGGCGGUAGUAGUCAGGGUAUUAUCUCUGCUACACUAGGGCGGUAGUAGUCAGGGUCUUAUCUCUGCUAUACUAGGGCGGUAGUAGUCAGGGUCUUAUCUCUGCUACACUAGGGCAGUAGUAGUCAGGGUAUUAUCUCUGCUAUACUAGGGCAGUAGUAGUCAGGGUCUUAUCUCUGCUACACUAGGGCGGUAGUAGUCAGGGUCUUAUCUCUGCUACACUAGGGCGGUAGUAGUCAGGGUCUUAUCUCUGCUACACUAGGGCGGUAGUAGUCAGGGUCUUAUCUCUGCUACACUAGGGCAGUAGUAGUCAGGGUCUUAUCUCUGCUACACUAGGGCAGUAGUAGUCAGGGUAUUAUCUCUGCUAUACUAGGGCAGUAGUAGUCAGGGUCUUAUCUCUGCUACACUAGGGCAGUAGUAGUCAGGGUCUUAUCUCUGCUACACUAGGGCGGUAGUAGUCAGGGUCUUAUCUCUGCUAUACUAGGGCGGUAGUAGUCAGGGUCUUAUCUCUGCUAUACUAGGGCGGUAGUAGUCAGGGUCUUAUCUCUGCUACACUAGGGCGGUAGUAGUCAGGGUCUUAUCUCUGCUACACUAGGGCGGUAGUAGUCAGGGUCUUAUCUCUGCUAUACUAGGGCAGUAGUAGUCAGGGUCUUAUCUCUGCUAUACUAGGGCAGUAGUAGUCAGGGUCUUAUCUCUGCUACACUAGGGCGGUAGUAGUCAGGGCCUUAUCUCUGCUAUACUAGGGCGGUAGUAGUCAGGGUCUUAUCUCUGCUACACUAGGGCAGUAGUAGUCAGGGUAUUAUCUCUGCUACACUAGGGCGGUAGUAGUCAGGGUCUUAUCUCUGCUACACUAGGGCAGUAGUAGUCAGGGUCUUAUCUCUGCUACACUAGGGCAGUAGUAGUCAGGGUAUUAUCUCUGCUACACUAGGGCGGUAGUAGUCAGGGUAUUAUCUCUGCUACACUAGGGCGGUAGUAGUCAGGGUCUUAUCUCUGCUACACUAGGGCAGUAGUAGUCAGGGUCUUAUCUCUGCUACACUAGGGCGGUAGUAGUCAGGGUCUUAUCUCUGCUACACUAGGGCAGUAGUAGUCAGGGUAUUAUCUCUGCUAUACUAGGGCAGUAGUAGUCAGGGUCUUAUCUCUGCUACACUAGGGCAGUAGUAGUCAGGGUCUUAUCUCUGCUACACUAGGGCAGUAGUAGUCAGGGUCUUAUCUCUGCUACACUAGGGCAGUAGUAGUCAGGGUCUUAUCUCUGCUACACUAGGGCAGUAGUAGUCAGGGUCUUAUCUCUGCUAUACUAGGGCAGUAGUAGUCAGGGUCUUAUCUCUGCUACACUAGGGCAGUAGUAGUCGUCAUUAUAAGCCUCAAAUGUUAUGUUGAUUCAAUGUUGAUCUGAUGUACCACAGGACGUAACGGCAACUAAAGGCAAUGAGUUUGAAGACUACUGCCUGAAGAGAGAGCUCCUGAUGGGGAUCUUUGAGAUGGGCUGGGAGAAACCCUCUCCAAUACAGGUACGUCCAGAGCUAAUAUGCUACUUAGCAGCUGCUUACAGUACACUGAAUGCAUAGUAUGUUUUAGCCCUUGAUCAUGACUCAGUUCCGUUUCAUUACACGGGUUAUUGGACGACGACGGCGUCUUCUGUAUGGGGGGGGGGAGGUUUUGUUAAGAGCGCCGAUGCUCAAUGUGAACAUUAACACGUGUUGCUUUUGGUUCAGUUUUGGAAGCAUAAGGAACUUAUCUUUCAUAUCAGCAAAAAAAAAAAAAAAAAGGUAAAAUUGAUACACGCCUUGAGGGUUAGUGGUCCCAUGUGGCCAUAUCCAUGUUACAGGAAGACGAGGCGACCGCCUAGCAGGCUCCUAAUACCUGUGUGUAAGCUUGACUCAGGAAGUGUAGUUUCUAGGAUGGAGGCGCCCAUAUCUGGAUGGAUCUGGAACUGCUACACUAAGUAUAUUUUUAUUUGAAGUAUUCUUUCUCGCUGAUUCUAAAGUUAAAAGGCCAUAUGUUUUGCAAGCGAUGAUUGAUUGUUUCUAAAGGUUAAAACGCAGUGUCCGGAUUGUAGUUCACGUGAGGUAGUCGUGGGCGACGCUAAUGGCUGAACUGUAGGAAGGCAAAAUGCUGCCUAGAGUUUGGGAGCUAAGUAUGUAUUAGAUCUCUGAUGGAAUUAAACCCACGACCUUGGUGUUGCCUAGCGCUUUGCGCUUUCCGUCUGAGAAAUGCCCCAGCUACCUGGUGCGGUUGUCAGACUACACAGCAGGGGGGGAGGGGAGGGGGGGGGGGGGGGGGGGGGUCAAAGCUGCUACUGUUCUUUUCUCCUUGGUGGUUAAUUGGUUGAUUUGAAUGGAAUGACACUUAUUGGCCAAGAGAUUCCAGUCAACUGGUGUCUCAGCAGAGGUCUGAAUGAAGGGGAAGGAUGACCACCAGCAAGGUGUAGAGGUUGGCGUUCCAAUGGAACCCUAUUCCCUAUGUAGUUGUGUUAUAUAUGUUAAUUUUAUAUAUACUUUUGACCAUGGCACUAAUAUAGGUAAUGAGAUGCCAUUUGGGAGUCAGUCAGACCUCAAGGCCCUGGGUUUCGAUGGGAUAACUAGACUAACGUGUUUCCUUCCUCUCCAGGAGGAGAGCAUUCCCAUAGCGUUGUCUGGGAGGGACAUUCUGGCCAGGGCCAAGAACGGGACAGGAAAGAGCGGAGCCUACCUCAUUCCCUUGCUGGAACGCAUUGACCUGAAGAAGGACUGCAUACAAGGUGAGACCGGACAUCUCACCCUAUGACCAUUUUGUUUUUAAACAGAAGUAAGACGCUUCUGCGCACUUGGAUCCAUGCAGGUGUCAGUCAUUACGUUGCCUUGCUUUCGGUCUCAGUAGAACUGAAAAUGCUGAUUUCUUAAAGUGCUCCCAACCUGCCUUCAUUGUUGUGUGGGGGUGCUGUGCCCACCAGGGAGCUCGCCCUGUUAGGGGUGUGUUUUGUGAAAGUGCUACAGUACGCUGGUCAGUAUAUGACGUCUUUAUAGUCUGAUGUCCUACUCCAACCUGACUUCCAUCUGUGUUCUGUGGUCCAGCUGUGGACGUGGUUCCACCAGAGAGCAGGCCUGCAGGCUAGCCUCUGUAUGAUACAAUACAGUCCCUUCGGAAAGUAUUAAGAUCCCUUUACUUUUUCCACAUUUUGUUAGGUUACAGCCUUAUUCUAAAAAUGUUUUCCCCUCAAUCUACAGACAAUACCCCAUAAUGACAAAGCAAAAACAGGUUUAGAUAUUUUUGCAAAUGUAUUAAAAAUAAACAGGCCAUAUUUACCUAAGUAUUCAAACCUUUUGCUAUGAGACUCAAAAUUGAGCUCCGGUGCAUCCUGUUUCCAUUGAUCAUCCUUGAGAUGUUUCUGCAACUUGAUUGGAGUCCACCUGUGGUAAAUUCAAUUGAUUGGACAUGAUUUGGAAAGGCACACACCUGUCUAUAUAAGGUCCCACAGUUGACAGUGCAUGUCAGAGCAAAACCAAGCCAUGAGGCCGAAGGAAUUGUCCGUAGAGCUCCGAGACAGGAUUGUGUCGAGGCACAGAUCUGGGGAAGGGUACCAAAACAUUUCUGCAGCAUUGAAGGUCCCCAAGAACACAGUGGCCUCCAUCAUUGUUAAAUGGAAGACAUUUGGAACCACGAAGACUCUUCCUAGAGCUGGCCGCCCGGCCAAACUGAGCAGUAGGGGGAGAAGGGCCUUGGUCAGGGAGGUGACCAAGAGCCCAAUGGUCACUGACAGAGCUCCAGAGUUCCUCUGUAGAGAUGGGAGAACCUUCCAGAAGGACAACCAUCUCUGUGGCACUCCACCAAUCAGGCCUUUAUGGUAGUGGCCAGACGGAAGCCACUCCUCAGUAAAAGGCAUAUGACAGCCUGCUUGGAGUGUGCCAAAAGGCACCUAAAGGACUCUCAGACCACGAGAAACAAGAUUCUCUGGUCUGAUGAAACCAAGAUUGAACUAUCUGGCCUGAAAUGCCAAGCGUCACGUCUGGAGGAAACCUGGCACCAUUCCUACGGUGAAGCAUGGUGGUGGCAGCAUCAUGCUGUGGGGAUGUUUUUCAGCGGCAGGGACUGGGAGACUAGCCAGGAUCGAGGCAAAGAUGAACGGAGCAAGGUACAGAGAUCCUUGAUGAAAACCUUUUCCAGAGAGCUCAGGACCUCAGACUGGGGCGACGGUUUACCUUCCAACAGGACAACAACCCUAAGCACACAGCCAAGACAACGCAGGAGUGGCUUCAGGACAAGUCUCUGAAUGUGCUUGAGUGGCUCAGCCAGAGCCUGGACUUGAACCCUAUCGAACAUCUCUGAAGAGACCUGAAAAUAGCUGUGCAGCAACGCUCCCCAUCCAACCUGACAUAGCUUGAGGGGAUCUGCAGACAAUGUGAGAAACUCCCCAAAUAAAGGUGUGCCAAGCUUGUAGCGUCAUACCCAAGAAGACUUGAGGCUGUAAUCAAUUCCAAAGGUGCUUCAACAAAGUACUGAGUAAAGGGUCUGAAUACUUCUAUAAAAUGUCUAAAUACUUGUUUUUGCUUUGUCAUUCAUAUCAAAUCAAAUUUUGUUGGUCACAUACACGUGUUUAGAACAUGUUAUUGCGGGUGUAGCUAAAUGCUUGUGCUUCUAGCUCCGACAGUGCAGUAAUAUCUAACAAGUAAUAUCUAACAAUUUCUAACUCUAACUUAUCCUCUGCAGCAGAGGUAACUCUGGGUCUUCCAUUCCUGUGGCGUUCCUCAUGAGAGCCAGUUUCAUCAUAGUACUUGAUGGUUUUUGACUGCACUUGAAGAAACGUUAAAAGUUCUUGCAUUUUUCCGUAUUGACUGACCAUGUCUUAAAUUAAUGAUGGACUGUCGUUUCUCUUUGCUUAUUUGAGCUGUUCUUGCCAUAAUAUGGACUUGGUCUUUUACCAAAUAGGGCUAUCUUCUGUAUACCACCCCUACCUUGUCACAACACAACUGAUUGGCUGAAACGCAUUAAGAAGGAAAGAAAUUGCACAAAUUAACUUUUAAGAAGGCACACCUGUUAAUUGAAAUGCAUUCCAGGUGACUACCUCAUGAAGCUGGUUGAGCGAAUGCCAAGAGUGUGCAAAGCUGUCAAGGCAAAGGGUGGCUAUUUGAAGAAUCUCAAAUAUAAAAUAGAUUUGGAUUUGUUUAACACUUUUUUGGUUACUACAUUAUUCCAUAUGUGUUAUUUCAUAGUUUUGAUGUCUUCACUAUUAUUCGACAAUGUAAACAUAAAGAAAAACCCUUGAAUGAGUAGGUGUUCUAAAACCUUUGACCUGUAGUGUACAGUGGCUUGCGAAAGUAUUCACCCCCCUUGGCAUUUUUCUUAUUUUGUUGCCUUACAACCUGGAAUUAAAAUUGAUUUUUGGGGGGUUUGUGUCAUUUGAUUUACACAACAUGCCUACCACUUUGAAGGUGUGUCCAAACUUUUGACUGGUAGUGUACAUAUAUGGACGAGCGACGUCAGAGCGUCAUGGACUAAGAUGCAGUAGAAUAGUAUAGAAUACAGUAUAUACAUAUUAGAUGAGUAAUGCAAGAUAUCUAAACCUCUUUAAAGUGGCCAGUGAUCUCUAGUCUGUCUAUAGGCAGCAGCCUCUAAUGUGCUAGUGAUGGCUGUUUAACAGUCUGAUGGCCUUGAGAUAGAAGCGGUUUUUCAGUCUCGGUCCCAGCUUUGUUGCACCUGUACUGACCUCUGCUUCUGGAUGACAGGCAGUGGCUCGGGUGGUUGAUGUCCUUGAUUAUCUUUUUGGCCUUCCUGUGACUUCGGGUGCUGUAAGUGUCCUGGAGGGCGGGUAGUUUGCCCCUGGUAAUGCGUUGUGCAUAUCGCACCACCCUCUGGAGAGCCUUGCGGUUGCGGGCGGUGCAGUUGCCAUACCAGGCGGUGAUACAGCCCGACAGGAUGCUCUCAAUUGUGUAACUGUAAAAUGUUCAGUUUGUCUGUGAUGUGUACCCCAAGGAACUUGAAGCGUUCAACCUUCUCCACUGCGGUCCCGUCAAUGUGGAUAGAGCGGUGCUCCCUCUGCUGUUUCCUGAAGUCCACGAUCAUCUCCUUUGUUUUGUUGACGUUCAGUUAGAGGUUAUUUUCCUGGCACCACACUCACAGAGCCCUCACCUCCUCCCUGUAGGCUGUCUUGUCAUUGUUGGUAAUCAAGCCUAUUACUGUUGUGUCAUCUGCAAACUUGAUGAUUGAGUUGGAGGCAUGCUUGGCUACGCAGUCAUGGGUGAACAGGGAGUACAGGAGGGGGCUGAGCACGCACCCUUGUGGGGCCCCAGUGUUGAGGAUCAACAAAGUAGAGAUGUUGAUUCCUACCUUCACCACCUCGGCACGGCCCGUCAGGAAGUCCAGGACCCAGUUGCGUUAUGGGGUAUUGUGUUUAGAUUGCUGAGGAUGUAUUUAUUUAAUCAAUUUUAGAAUAAGGCUGUAACGUAACGAAAUGUGGAAGAAAGUCAAGAGGUCUGAAUACUUUCCGAAGGCGCUGUACAUAGAUCUAAUCUGUGGUUCUCUCCUCCCCUAGCUAUGGGCAUCGUUCCCACCAGAGAACUGGCGUUGCAGGUCAGCCAGAUCUGUAUCCAGAUCAGCAAACACAUGGGAGGGGUCAAAGUCAUGGCAACCACAGGUGGCACCAACCUCCGUGAUGACAUCAUGAGGCUCGACGAGACAGGUACACAUCACUUGGCCAAGAGGCAGUUUUGAUUUAAACAUGACUUUGGUGUUAUUCAAUGAACAAGUCAUCUUGACUCAAGUCUCAAAUGUACGGUGAUGUUCGGCUUAGCUUUUCAAUUGCAUUAUUCUUUGUAGUUCACCUUGUGAUUUAUUUUAUAAUAAUUAUAGUCUUUUGUCUCUAGUCCACGUUGUGAUUGCCACCCCUGGGAGGAUCCUGGACCUCAUUAAGAAGGGUGUGGCCAAAGUCAAUCAGGUUCAGAUGAUGGUUCUGGAUGAGGUGAGGUGUUGUCUUGUUUAGUUAACCAUGUACUAAGUUAGUUUAGUCUUGGAUUCUCCUACACAGCUGUUACUGGUUACUUUACCUGUAGUUGGGCGAAGUUACAACUCAACCGUAGAUCUAUGAUGUCCUUGUCUCUGUCCGUCCCCAGGCCGACAAGCUGCUGUCCCAGGACUUUGUAGUGAUGAUGGAGGAGGUGCUAAGCUACCUGCCCAAGCAGAGACAGAUUCUGCUCUACUCUGCUACCUUCCCUCUCAGCGUGCAGAAGUUCAUGGUACGUUCUGGAAUCUGAUUAGUGGGGCCAUUGGGGUUGACUAUCCUAGAUCACAGUGAACAAUGAAGGCCCCGUGUUGAUUUAUAAAGCCCUGCUGUAUGUGCAGUAAAACUCUUGAGUGGUGCCGUUUUGACUCUGUAAUAGAAUAUUAAAGGGCUUUCCAAGGUCUUGCUUUUGAUAUUUUUGUCUUAGUUUUAGAUAUUAAUGGUGGACUGCAACAUAUACAGCGGGAGGUCUUACUGUUUACAAACAACAACAACAACGUAGUUGGCUCUUGAUGAUCCCCCUCAUAACAGUCUGUGUGAUGUGACGCUGUCUUCUCGUUCCCUGUGUGUCAGAACUCCCACCUGUCCAAGCCCUAUGAGAUCAACCUGAUGGAGGAGCUGACCCUGAAGGGAGUCACCCAGUAUUAUGCCUACGUUACAGAGAGACAGAAGGUCCACUGUCUCAACACACUCUUCUCCAGGGUGAGUACUAGUUCCCUAACCCCUAGUUCCCUAACCCCUAGUUCCCUAACCCCUAGUACCCUGAAGGGAGUCACCCAGUAUUACGCCUACGUUACAGAGAGACAGAAGGUCCACUGUCUCAACACACUCUUCUCCAGGGUGAGUACUAGUUCCCUAACCCCUAGUUCCCUAACCCCUAGUUCCCUAACCCCUAGUUCCCUAACCCCUAGUUCCCUGAAGGGAGUCACCCGGUAUUACGUCUACAUUACAGAGAGACAGAAGGUCCACUGUCUCAACACACUCUUCUCCAGGGUGAGUACUAGUUCCCUAACCCCUGGUUCCCUAACCCCUAGUACCCUGAAGGGAGUCACCCGGUAUUACGUCUACAUUACAGAGCAAAGAUCCACUUUCUCAACACAUUAACCCUAGCCCAUCAACGGGCCCUAGCCCAUCAACGGCCCCUAGCCCAUCAACGGCCCCUAGCCCAUCAACGGCCCCUAGCCCAUCAACGGCCCCUAGCCCAUCAACGGCCCCUAGCCCAUCAACGGCCCCUAGUGCCCUAACCCCUAUGUUACAAAGAGACAGAAGGUCCACUGUGUGUGGCUCCUGUGAAGUAGUGACGCGAGACAUACGCCUAGUUUCCUUAAACGGGUCACAUGUAAAGAGAAGAUUAAAUCAAGAAUAGUCUGAUGGGUGACAAUAUAUAAUUCAAAAGUGAUAGGCUAAUAUUAUCGCUAAGAAACCAUGCCUUUUAUUUGCGACAUGUAGCCUAGCCCAUAGGCCUAUAUGUUUUGAUAAGGUUUGUAUCACAACUGUGGCCAAAUAACUUCUUUAAAAUUAUGCACAUUAAUCCGCUUUACAAGGGGUGUAGAGCCUAACUAGCAUACAUAAGCAGCGGGUGAGUUUCAAGUUUGGGGAAGAUGGUUUUCACCAUUAAAUGCACCUUUAUAAUAAAAGCAUUACAUGCAUAGUUGCAUUUGUGGUCACUUUUGAAUAUGGUGUUUUCCGCUAAUGGAACAUUCUCGCUUAUAGCCUGCUGCCGUGUGCGCAUUGCUGCGCUCAUAAUGUGAAGAAAUAGCUAUUUUAGUUUUUUAAAUUUGUAAUACAUUUGCAAACAUUUCUAAACAUUUUACAUUUUAGUCAUUUAGCAGACGCUCUUAUCCAGAGCGAAAUAUAGUUAGUGAGUGCAUACAUUUUCAUACUGGCCUCCCGUGGGAAACGAACCCACAACCCUGGCGUUGCAAGCGCCAUGCUCUACCAACUGGGCUACACGGGACUGCAACCUGUUUUUGCUUUGUCAUUAUGGGGUAUUGUGUGUGUGUGUGUGUGUGUGUGUGUAUAUUGAGGAAAACAUUUCAUUUAAUCCAUUUUAGAAUUAAGGCUGUAAGAAAAUGUGGGAAAAGUUAUGGUUUGAAUACUUUCCGUAAAGUAAAUGUAAUUGCUAACAUAUACUUAAGUAUCAAAAGUACAAGUUUAAAUCAUUUCAAAUUCCUUAAAUUAAGCAUGCCAGACGGCACCAUUUUCUAGUUUAUUUAUUUACGGAUAGCCAGGGGCACGCUCCAACACUCAGACAUCAUUUACAAAGCAUGUGCUUAGUGAGUCUGCCCGAUUUAGAGGCAGUAGGGAUGAUCAGGGAUGUUCUCUUGAUAAGUAUGUGAAUUGGACCAUUUUCCUGUCCUGCUAAGCAUUGAAAAUGUAAUGAGUGCUUUUGGGUGUCAGGGAAAAUGUAUGUAGUUAAAGUGUUCUUUUCUUUAGGAAUGUAGUAAAUUAAAAGUUGUCAAAAAUAUAAAUAGUGAAGUACAGAUGCCCCCAAACAAGUAGUUUACACCACUGCCUGUAGGCGACGGCAUGGUGAUGUUGGCAAGCCAAGCUCAUGCGUAGAAACACGUUGGGUCUAACGGUUGUCUUGUGCUGAACUGCUACUGUGAAGGCUGUGAAAUCAAAGGCACUCCUUCGAUAUAGUUGUUUUUCCUUCGAUAUAGUUGUUUUUCCUUCUAAAUAGUUGUUUUUGACUCAAAUAAAAUGGUGUCAGUUUGUGUGCAUCUCAAUUUAAUCCAUUUUAAAUUCAGGCUUUAACACAAUGUGGAAAAAUUCAAGGGGUAUGAAUACUUUCUGAAAGCACUGUGUAUAUACUAUGUAUCUAUCUACUAUACUGUGUAUAUACUAUGUAUCUAUCUACUAUACUGUGUAUAUACUAUGUAUGUCUAUUAAAUUAUUCUCUUGUUUCCCCUCUCUCUCCAUGCAGCUCCAGAUCAACCAGUCUAUAAUCUUCUGUAACUCGUCUCAGAGGGUGGAGCUGCUGGCCAAGAAGAUCUCCCAGCUGGGCUACUCGUGUUUCUACAUCCAUGCCAAGAUGAGACAGGUCAGCCCAGGUCCUAGUGUGUCUCUGCUGCAGCUGACUAUGCCUUGCAUGCCUCCCAAAUGGGACCCUAUAUAGGGCACUAAUUUUGACCAGAGCCCUAUGGGGAGUGCACUAUUUAGGGAAAGGGUGCCAUUUGGGAUGCCCCCUAGCUGUUGACCAGAUGUAUGCGUCUGCUUGUUGACCUUUGGUUUAUGCUCAGGGCAGAUGAGAUGGUUCAGAUCAGGGCCCAGUCCUUCUGCUGGCCAGGGUCAGAUCAGGGCCCAGUCCUUCUGUUGGCCAGGGUCAGAUCAGGGCCCAGUCCUUCUGUUGGCCAGGGUCAGACCAGGGCCCAGUCUUUCUGUUGACCAGGGCCCAGUCUUUCUGUUGACCAGCGCCCAGUCUUUCUGUUGACCAGGGCCCAGUCUUUCUGUUGACCAGGGCCCAGUCUUUCUGUUGACCAGGGCCCAGUCUUUCUGUUGACCAGGGCCCAGUCCUUCUGUUGACCAGGGUCAGACUAGUGCCCAGUCUUUCUGUUGACCAGGGUCAGUCUAGUGCCCAGUCUUUCUGUUGACCAGGGUCAGACUAGUGCCCAGUCUUUCUGUUGACCAGGGUCAGACUAGUGCCCAGUCUUUCUGUUGACCAGGGUCAGACUAGUGCCCAGUCUUUCUGUUGACCAGGGUCAGACUAGUGCCCAGUCCUUCUGUUGACCAGGGCCCAGUCCUUCUGUUGACCAGGGUCCGUCUAGUGCCCAGUCCUUCUGUUGACCAGGGCCCAGUCCUUCUGUUGACCAGGGUCAGUCUAGUGCCCAGUCUUUCUGUUGACCAGGGUCAGUCUAGUGCCCAGUCUUUCUGUUGACCAGGGUCAGACUAGUGCCCAGUCUUUCUGUUGACCAGGGUCAGACUAGUGCCCAGUCCUUCUGUUGACCAGGGCCCAGUCCUUCUGUUGACCAGGGUCAGUCUAGUGCCCAGUCCUUCUGUUGACCAGGGCCCAGUCCUUCUGUUGACCAGGGUCAGACUAGUGCCCAGUCCUUCUGUUGACCAGGGCCCAGUCUUUCUGUUGACCAGGGCCCAGUCUUUCUGUUGACCAGGGCCCAGUCCUUCUGUUGACCAGGGUCAGUCUAGUGCCCAGUCCUUCUGUUGACCAGGGUCAGUCUAGUGCCCAGUCCUUCUGUUGACCAGGGCCCAGUCUUUCUGUUGACCAGGGCCCAGUCCUUCUGUUGGCCAGGGUCAGACUAGUGCCCAGUCCUUCUGUUGACCAGGGCCCAGUCUUUCUGUUGACCAGGGUCAGACUAGUGCCCAGUCCUUCUGUUGACCAGGGCCCUGUCCUUCUGUUGACCAGGGUCAGACUAGUGCCCAGUCCUUCUGUUGACCAGGGCCCAGUCCUUCUGUUGACCAGGGUCAGACUAGUGCCCAGUCCUUCUGUUGACCAGGGUCAGACUAGUGCCCAGUCCUUCUGUUGACCAGGGUCAGACUAGUGCCCAGUCCUUCUGUUGACCAGGGUCAGACUAGUGCCCAGUCCUUCUGUUGACCAGGGUCAGACUAGUGCCCAGUCCUUCUGUUGACCAGGGUCAGACCACGGCCCAGUCCUUCUGUUGACCAGGGUCAGACUAGUGCCCAGUCCUUCUGUUGACCAGGGUCAGACUAGUGCCCAGUCCUUCUGUUGACCAGGGUCAGACUAGGGCCCAGUCCUUCUGUUGACCAGGGUCAGACUAGUGCCCAGUCCUUCUGUUGACCAGGGUCAGACUAGUGCCCAGUCCUUCUGUUGACCAGGGUCAGACUAGUGCCCAGUCCUUCUGUUGACCAGGGUUUGUGUUGGUAUGGGUUUUUAUUAAGAUAACACCCUGGAGAACAAGCCUUUCUUUGGACAAGUUUAGAUGGUACCGGUCUUUCAUUGUGUUUUGUGCCUACCCAACAUGACCGUGGUUGAGUUACUCUGAAAACCACUAGUCUGCUUGUCUGUCUGUCUUUACAGGAACCACUAGUCUGCUUGUCUGUGUCUUUACAGGAACCACUAGUCUGCUUGUCUGUCUGUCUUUACAGGAACCACUAGUCUGCUUGUCUGUCUGUCUUUACAUGAACCACUAGUCUGCUUGUCUGUCUGUCUUUACAGGAACCACUAGUCUGCUUGUCUGUCUGUCUUUACAGGAACCACUAGUCUGCUUGUCUGUCUGUCUUUACAGGAACCACUAGUCUGCUUGUCUCCGUCUUUACAGGAACCACUAGUCUGCUUGUCUCUGUCUUUACAGGAACCACUAGUCUGCUUGUCUGUGUCUUUACAGGAGCCACUAGUCUGCUUGUCUCUGUCUUUACAGGAACCACUAGUCUGCUUGUCUGUGUCUUUACAGGAACCACUAGUCUGCUUGUCUCUGUCUUUACAGGAACCACUAGUCUGCUUGUCUGUCUGUCUUUACAGGAGCCACUAGUCUGCUUGUCUGUCUGUCUUUACAGGAGCCACUAGUCUGCUUGUCUGUCUGUCUUUACAGGAACCACUAGUCUGCUUGUCUGUCUGUCUUUACAGGAGCCACUAGUCUGCUUGUCUGUCUGUCUGUCUUUACAGGAACCACUAGUCUGCUUGUCUGUGUCUUUACAGGAACCACUAGUCUGCUUGUCUCUGUCUUUACAGGAACCACUAGUCUGCUUGUCUGUCUGUCUUUACAGGAGCCACUAGUCUGCUUGUCUGUCUGUCUUUACAGGAGCCACUAGUCUGCUUGUCUGUCUGUCUUUACAGGAACCACUAGUCUGCUUGUCUGUCUGUCUUUACAGGAACCACUAGUCUGCUUGUCUCUGUCUUUACAGGAACCACUAGUCUGCUUGUCUGUCUGUCUUUACAGGAGCCACUAGUCUGCUUGUCUGUCUGUCUUUACAGGAGCCACUAGUCUGCUUGUCUGUCUGUCUUUACAGGAGCCACUAGUCUGCUUGUCUGUCUGUCUUUACAUGAACCACUAGUCUGCUUGUCUGUCUGUCUUUACAGGAGCCACUAGUCUGCUUGUCUGUCUGUCUUUACAGGAACCACUAGUCUGCUUGUCUGUCUGUCUUUACAGGAACCACUAGUCUGCUUGUCUGUCUGUCUUUACAGGAACCACUAGUCUGCUUGUCUGUCUGUCUUUACAGGAACCACUAGUCUGCUUGUCUGUCUGUCUUUACAGGAACCACUAGUCUGCUUGUCUGUCUGUCUUUACAGGAGCCACUAGUCUGCUUGUCUGUCUGUCUUUACAGGAACCACUAGUCUGCUUGUCUGUCUGUCUUUACAGGAACCACUAGUCUGCUUGUCUGUCUUUACAGGAGCCACUAGUCUGCUUGUCUCUGUCUUUACAGGAACCACUAGUCUGCUUGUCUGUCUGUCUUUACAGGAGCCACUAGUCUGCUUGUCUGUCUGUCUUUACAGGAACCACUAGUCUGCUUGUCUCUGUCUUUACAGGAACCACUAGUCUGCUUGUCUGUGUCUUUACAGGAACCACUAGUCUGCUUGUCUGUCUGUCUUUACAGGAACCACUAGUCUGCUUGUCUCUGUCUUUACAGGAACCACUAGUCUGCUUGUCUGUCUGUCUUUACAGGAACCACUAGUCUGCUUGUCUGUCUUUACAGGAGCCACUAGUCUGCUUGUCUCUGUCUUUACAGGAACCACUAGUCUGCUUGUCUGUCUUUACAGGAACCACUAGUCUGCUUGUCUCUGUCUUUACAGGAACCACUAGUCUGCUUGUCUGUCUGUCUUUACAGGAGCCACUAGUCUGCUUGUCUGUCUGUCUUUACAGGAGCCACUAGUCUGCUUGUCUGUCUGUCUUUACAGGAGCCACUAGUCUGCUUGUCUGUGUCUUUACAGGAACCACUAGUCUGCUUGUCUGUCUGUCUUUACAGGAGCCACUAGUCUGCUUGUCUGUCUGUCUUUACAGGAACCACUAGUCUGCUUGUCUGUCUGUCUUUACAGGAACCACUAGUCUGCUUGUCUGUCUGUCUUUACAGGAACCACUAGUCUGCUUGUCUGUCUGUCUUUACAGGAACCACUAGUCUGCUUGUCUGUCUGUCUUUACAGGAACCACUAGUCUGCUUGUCUGUCUGUCUUUACAUGAACCACUAGUCUGCUUGUCUGUGUCUUUACAGGAACCACUAGUCUGCUUGUCUGUCUGUCUUUACAGGAGCCACUAGUCUGCUUGUCUGUCUGUCUUUACAGGAACCACUAGUCUGCUUGUCUGUCUGUCUUUACAGGAACCACUAGUCUGCUUGUCUGUCUGUCUGUCUUUACAGGAGCCACUAGUCUGCUUGUCUGUCUGUCUUUACAGGAACCACUAGUCUGCUUGUCUGUCUGUCUUUACAGGAACCACUAGUCUGCUUGUCUGUCUGUCUUUACAGGAGCCACUAGUCUGCUUGUCUGUCUGUCUUUACAGGAACCACUAGUCUGCUUGUCUGUCUGUCUUUACAGGAACCACUAGUCUGCUUGUCUCUGUCUUUACAGGAACCACUAGUCUGCUUGUCUGUCUGUCUUUACAGGAACCACUAGUCUGCUUGUCUCUGUCUUUACAGGAACCACUAGUCUGCUUGUCUGUCUGUCUUUACAGGAGCCACUAGUCUGCUUGUCUGUCUGUCUUUACAGGAACCACUAGUCUGUCUGUCUGUCUUUACAGGAACCACUAGUCUGCUUGUCUCUGUCUUUACAGGAACCACUAGUCUGCUUGUCUGUCUGUCUUUACAGGAACCACUAGUCUGCUUGUCUGUCUGUCUUUACAGGAGCACCGUAACAGAGUGUUCCACGACUUCAGAAACAGCCUCUGCCGGAAUCUGGUCUGCACAGACCUCUUCACAAGAGGUAUCGACAUUCAGGCUGUGAACGUGGUGAUCAACUUUGACUUCCCCAAGCUGGGGGAGACGUACCUGCAUCGCAUCGGCAGAUCUGGUGAGAACAACUGCCUUUCCUCAAGCAGGACUUGGUGGGUUCAAUAAUUUGGUGGGUUCAAAUGUCAUUGAAGAGGUUUCAUCAGUUUGAACCUUGACCUCUCCCCGCUCAGGUCGUUUUGGCCACCUGGGUCUGGCCAUCAACCUGAUCACAUACGACGACCGCUUCAAUCUGAAGGGCAUCGAGGAGCAGCUGGGAACAGAGAUCAGGCCCAUCCCCGGCAGCAUAGACAAGAGCCUGUACGUUGCAGAGUACCACACCGAGGAUGGAGAGGAGGGCAAGCUGUGAGGAGGAGCAGGUGAGAUGGUUGCAACUAUGGCACGGUCUCUUCAAUCAAAUGGAUUUAAUAAUAGUUUUCAGAAUGUCCUUCAAAAAAAUAUAUAGUUUUAAACCCGCAAGCACGGCGGAGGGGGAAGCACUGUUUGGAUAUGACCAGUAUUUAUUUAACUGGACAAGUUCUUUUGAGGUUGAAAUAUAUUUUAUGAGGAAUGCUUACAAAGUAAAGUCUGAGCUGCUUAACCUGUUCAUGGGUUUGAGUUGAAUUGGUUGUACUAACUAAAAGCAGGAGGAGAAAUGGCUUGGUUAAAUGUUUUGAGUGUACGUUUGUUUGACUAGUCCAAACUAAACACAACAACGUUACUUUUUAUCUCCUCUGCAGAUCAGAUGAGACCCCAACCCCCCCGUCUGUCCCCUUCACCCCUCCCGUUUGAUGUUUCCGCCUCCCUUCUGUCUCCUGGACUUUUUUUUGGAUAUCUAGCUUCCUGUCUGUCGGUCUUCCUUCCUGUUUUUGGGUGCCACCUCAUGGAAAAGUGUACGAUCUAUGAGGGACAACAAACCUAGAGAGGAACUCAUGAUGUCCCUGUUGUAGGGUCUUCUCUCGGCUGCACCGCGAUGCCCUGAAGACUACGACUACUGACUACUACAGCACUGGGAGGAGGAAGGCAGGGAACACGUAG